UUUUUUACUAUAAAAAUUUAGGAAACGUUACUUCCUUUUGUGUUUUUAGUUAACCUGGAUUGGAGUACCGUCUCACUCUUCACCACUGUUACUCAUUUCUUAUGUAGAUGUUGAGUUUGAGAGAACCAAACCCUUUCAUCUCUUAUUUACAUUUGCAGAACAACAGAAGCCCCAACAGAAAAGAGCCUCAAAAUAAUCAACUUUCUAUUUGAAUAUCGAUUGAAUCUCUGCUUUUGGAACCUUUUUCAUCAGUUAAACCAAAACCAAACAUCAACGUUUUCGCCAAAAACUACUUGUUGUUUUACAAGCAAAAUGACUCAACUUACCAUCUUUUUCAUUCUCACGUUAACCUUUCUGCUUUCUAGUUUUCAUGUCGCUUUUGGUGGUUUACUAGCUGAUCCAGUCACCGGUCAUGACCAGCCGUUAAAACCAGGAGAGAAUGCAUCCCCCAAUACGGUACCCGCAUUUCCGGUCCAGACAGAGGCCGCCACCUGCCGGUUAGACCUCUCUGCCGAACUUUUCGGCGGCGUGAAUGACGCCUGCGGACGUAACCUAGACCGGAGUAGAUGUUGUCCUGUAUUAGCUGCGUGGCUUUUUGCGGCUCACGCACGCUACGCUCUCCAGGUCCCGGCUGCGGCUCCGGCCGCAGAGCCGGAUCUUCCGAUGAUGCCUGACGACUCGCAGAAGUGCGUGAACUCCCUGCAAAGCGCGUUGGUGACCAAGAACGUGAAGAUUCCGCAACCCAAUGCGAGUUGUGACGCGAUUCUGUGUUUUUGCGGGAUUAGGCUGCAUCAAAUCAGCUCGCUUAGCUGCCCAGCAGCGUUCAAUGUCACGACUGGGUUUCGAAACGUGACUCCAACUGCUGCCGUUAAGAACUUGGAGAAGAACUGCAAAAAUUCUUCAUACUCUGGCUGCACUAAAUGCCUGGGCGCCCUUCAAAAGUUAACGGGUGGACACAAGAACGGAACGGAUGAAGACGUGGAUAACAGGGCAACCAAGAUGUUAAACAGAGACUGCCAACUAAUGGGGCUGACAUGGCUAUUGGCACGUAACAAAACGGCGUACAUUCCCACCGUUUCGGCAGUGUUGCGUGCCAUCAUGUACAGUGCGCACCCACCGCAGGAGUCCAAGUGUAGCCCCGAUCAAGAGAACAUGCCUUUGGCUGUUGAUUCUCUGCAGUUCGAAAACUCCCAAUCCUCUUCAUAUUCACUAUCGUAUCCGUGGCCUCAAAGCUUUCAUGCUUUUUUGUUUCCAUUGUUGCCCCUAAUCAUUCUAGUUUCUUCUGCUUUUGUUUAGGGUCAACCAUAGUGGUGAUGCAUGCAGGCCCCUGUAUAAUUUUUUUGUGUCUGUCGAGGUCACGUGAAGCUAGGGGACAGAAAAAAGCGGUGCUGGUCGUUUUUGUCCUUUUGCCCACUGUAAAUUUUAGGCUCGUUUUCAUAUUACAUAUUUUUUCUCCGACAGGACUCUGUAUGUAUUCAUCCUAUUAAGUUAUUGCCAAAUUAUUAUUA